GCGAACCGCCGCGACCUUGUGACUCGUUUGAAGUUAUACAAUCUAGCGGUUAAACCAUGUGCUUCUACUUCCGAUUCCAGGAUCCCCAUAAUUUGAGGCUUAUGUUACUGAUGGUUGCUGUUUAUUAUUCUUCUUAAUAAAAGCAAGUGCAUUGUGUACGCUUGCUGUGUCGUCGACUUACCUUUUCCUUUCACUUAUUCCAGUCCUCGCCCAUGCUACUCUGCAUGCUCCGGUUGUACAAAGUACCUUCUGGCUAGACACAAACGACUACAACUCUCCUACUGAACCGUUUCAUUAAGUAUCUUGCGGUAUUUCCCCUCACUGAGUUAAAUUUAUAUUUUCAAUCGACUUCAACACGUCAAGACUACUGUUUUUACUUUAAUUGAACUACUUUCAGUUACAAAGGAUUGUUCGAGAGUUGUUUAAGUGUUUAAAUGAAAAUCGGAUUCUUCCUAAAAAGCAACAUUGAUUUAUAACCGGUUAUUCAUGUCUCGCAAACUUACUAGUAGCCCUUGAGUACUGGUUAGCUCCUGAAUUUGUAAAUCGCAUGCAAGCAGCUAGCCCCUGCUUAAAAAAUACAACGGGCUGUUGUAAAAGGUCCAAAAAACUGUAGCUAAGCUGAUUUCCAGGACCGAAAGGCUCCUGUAUGACAAAAACGAGGUAAACUAGUCCCGUUUCCUUUGUCUAAUAGAAUGACCAGAGGUGAAUUGAUCAUAGUUUUCAAACUCACGAUAAAUUUGCGUUUGAUAAGCCUUCAUUUUUCUUAUUUUCUAAUACAGAAUUCACGAGGACACUAAAACAUCUGAUUAUCGACUUUCUUAUCGAAUCAUCAAGCAAUGGAAAUCCCUAACUCAAUACGUGUUUGAAGCUUUGUCGAGGUUUUCAAGAGAAAGGUAGAUCAACCGAGACCACUAUUCCCAGGAGUAACACGAGCUAUCUGUCCUUUCCAAACAAAAACUUGACAUCAACCUACCAAAGGAGUUCUAAGUUAUUUUUAUGAAAUUGAGUUGAUAGUUGUUUCUUUUUUAUGCGAACAGUUUAAUUUUGGUCACAAGAUUAUACAAUUGGUUGAUCGAUAAUCUAUCCCACAGAAUUUAGUUUCUCAUUAUACUUCAAGAUGUUGGUUUUAGCAGUGUGUCUGGGACUUUUUAGUACCUUCACUGUUUUAGUAGUCAGGUUUUUUUAUUUGAAAGUCCAGUGUUGGUUUUGUGGGCAUACUGCCUUCACAUCGUGGAGUAGAAAGACAUCGUUUGUUUGUCAACAAUGUGGUCAGUAUAAUGGAUUUAAAAGUGAUGGUGAUUACAACAAAGUUAUACCAUCUCAGUUCAUUGCCGAGUUAAAUCCAGUUAAUUUCAAUAAGGCUCACGGUACGUUUUCAUCACAUUCUGAUGUAUUGUGCCCGGACUGUACACGUAAUCAAAAUACUAUUGUCCAAAAGUUGUCGGAGUAUACCCCGAAAAACGACAAGUCGGAUGAGGAAAUAAAAGAAUACACUCGCCUGCUGGAGUUGGAAUAUGGUUUGUGUUCAAGUUGCUAUCGAAAAGUUAAUAAUAAACUUAGGCAGUUAGAUUAUAAAUUAUUACCAAGUUUCAUUGAAUGGUGGCAUAAUAAACAACGAACCAUUUGUCUAACUAAAAAUUCUAUUUCAUUAAAAACUUAUCGUAAAACUAUUGCAUGGUUUGAAUUAUUAAUUGUUUUACGUAUUAUUAGUAUGUUAUGUUUGAUAUCCAUUAUUACUGGUCCACUUCUAAUUGAAAUCAGUAGACAAACAUGCCUUAUUCAUAUAAUAACGAAUAAGUCUUAUUUAUAUAAAUUUGUUGAAUUAAUUUGGUCUAAUCAUUGUCGAUCUUAUUCACGAAGAUAUUGUACUGAAAUAAUGACUUAUUCACAACAUUUCUCUCUUUCUAAUAUUGGUCAAUUAUGGUUUAAUUUAUUAAUGUUUUGUUUACAAAUAACACUUGUUGCUAUGACUAGUUUAAGACAUGGUAACAAACAUUAUUCAAUGUAUUAUGAUGGUUUGAAAUCACUCGUCUUAUUGUAUGAUAUUUCAAUGCUUUUAAUUUCAUUGAAUAUUCUCUUAUCAUCUUCUUCAGUAAAUAUUAAUAGUUUUAAUCUAAUGAAUAGUAUGACAUGGUCUACUACUUCAUUUACUCAUAUUACACUAUUAGGUGUAUUUGUUUUGUUUAUUUCAUUCAUUAUUAUUAUUAUUUAUGGAAUUAGAAUAUGGUUAUCAUUCUUUCUUAAAGAUUGUAUGUCACAACAGAAAAAAUUAAAAGAUACUUGGCCUAGUGAUAUUAAAUUACCAUGUUUUCAAUCAACCGAUAGUAUAAGUUAUUAUUCAACACCAAGUCAUUAUUCUACAAAUUGUACAAUGAACUCUUUAAAUUCAAGUAGAAAAUCACUUGAAGAUGAAUUGGCUGAUACAAAAUUAUGUUCAACAAAUAAAUAUGAUAAUAUAUUUCGACCGUCUGUUCUAAGUGGUGGUGGCGGCGGUGGUGGUGGUGGUGGUGGUGCUGGUAGUAAUAAUAUUUCCCCUAGUGUUAUUAGUUCUCAAUACUCGAAUGUGAAUUCUCAACAUUCAUUUACAUCGUCUAAUUUAUAUUCAACUCGUUACAAUCUAAUGAAACAACAACAACCACCACCACCAUCACAACAACAACAACAAAUGAUUGAAUCUUGUCGACCUGAUGAUGACAAUUUAAGUUGUAUGACAAGUAUCAGUCAUUAUAAAUCAAAUAAUCCUAAUUGUUAUACACUUGAUUAUUAUUCAAAUAAUCAUUUACCUACUUAUUUAUCACAAUCUAAUAUUAAACAUAAAACUAUUUCAUCGAAACGUAAACGACGAACUGGUCUUAUACAUUUUAUAUUAUGUUUAUUAUUUGGUCGAUUAGAAACAUGGAAUGAUGUACGCUUAGAAUUAACUUGUUUAGCAAAUGCAGUAUUCCUUAGUAUUGUAAUUUAUUGUACAUGUCGACUUAUGUUUUGUUUUGUUAGUGUAUUUGAUGGUUAAAAGACUUUUUGGAAUUGUAAUUUUGCUUAGUUUUUUUUUUGUAUUUGUUUAUUACUGAACUGGUGUUAUUUUGAAAUGCCCCUGUUCAUGAUAUACAGACGUUUGAGAAAAGAUAAUGCUAAGUUGUAUUGAUUGAAUGUGAAUGAUCUAUAAGUUGAUUAACAGUGGUAUUGGUUAUUGGAAAUUAAUAAAAAAAAAUACAUUUGUACAUGAU